UACAGCCUCUUUUGGGAAUUACAUUUUCGAUUAAUGUUAGUAUUUUGGAUUGCAAAUUAACUUAAAAAGUGUUAAAGCUAAAUGAUGUCCGUAGAUAUUUUUUUCAAAACGAUAACGCUAAACUCUAAAUCUAUUCUGAAAGAGACGUAGAGCGUGCUUUACUUUUUGUAAACUCAGUGAUAUUCUUAGCUUAUUUAAUCCCAUGGUUUCUUCUCUUCCAGACCCACUAAAUAGAAAUAAUCACAGUUAGUAAUUAAGGAAUUACUUUUUUUUUUGUGGUUUUCUCAAGAUUCAUCAAUGGCCUACGAUGAUGACCAUCGUGAACGAUCCUGCUGCGGGAAACGAUCCAUUAUUAUUAUUAUCAUUAUCUUGUUCGUCGUUGCUAUUGUCGUCAUUGCCAUUGUGGCAUCAUCAAAGGACAAGGACGAUCCGAAGUUGCCGGAGUACUCCGUCGUGAACGCGGCGUUGUCCCAAAACGCCGCCGUAACCAACAAUUCCCUUGUUACCGGCGACUUUACCUUCACCCUCAAAGCCGCCAACACAAACAAAAAAAACGUAACCGUUUUCUACGGCAACACCACGCACGUGAGCAUCACCCAUCUCAACAGAUGGCACGUGGUCGCGUCCACGUCGUCCCCGUCGAUCAGCCCUUCCUCGUUGGGUCCCGGGAACUCCUCCGACGUCACCGUCCGUUUUCAGGCUCGGAACAACCGGUUUUCCUUCCCGAACGACGACUACAGCCCCACCGAUGUCUACGAAUUGGUCUUGAGGAUGCGUUUUCGUGUCGGGUUUAAGGAGGGGUCCGACCAUAGUACCAAGGUUCAGGUCACCUGCUUCGAUUUCAAGUGCCGUUUUCCAGAGGGUUUCACGGCGGACAGCAGCCCUAAAUGUCGUUCGGAGGAAGUGCCCUUCUGGCAGUACUUUCCCGGAGACGAUGAGCAAGGCCGGCCCUGAACGUACGGUUAUUCAGGCCAGGAUUACGGAGUUCUUCGAAUUAUGAUUCAAAAUUAAUGUCACGCACUUAAUUAAUGUCGUGUGUAUUUUCACAUUAAAUUUUAUUGUCAUAU